AUGGUCCGCGAGCUCCUGGCCGUGCUGGUGCGCGCGGCGCUGCAGUGGGCGCUGGCGUCGCUGCUCCUCGCCAACGGCGCCGCCUUCUGCCUCAUCGCCGCCGCGGCCUCCUCGCUCCGCCUCGGCCCGCCCUGCCUCCUCUGCGCUCGCGUCCACCGCCUGCUCUGCACCUCCUCCUCUGGCGACGCUGGUUGCAGCCAAGAAGAAGACGACGCCUUCCGCCGCCUGCUCUGCGACGCUCACGUCGCCGCCAUCGCGCGCUUAGGCGCACAAGAAACAGAGCAGCCGGCGUGCUCUCCUUCUGAUCACGUCCACACAGGGACGAAAUAUGACUCAGAUAAAUCUCGAGGUCUAGAGUCUCAACGCGUCGUCUCCAUCGGUAGCGAGAUCUGCGAGCAAGAUCGUGGCGCCGACGACGACCAACCCCGUGCCACCAACCUCAGCGUCCUCCGAAGAACGUCGAGCACCGACAGCGGCGAAGGCCCGUACGUAUCCCUAUUCGAGCUCGCUCCCCUCGUCGCCCUCCCGGAAGACACCCUGCCGGAUUACGAUGCCAAAGAAGCACCUCACGGCCACGGGCACGGGACGGCGAAGACGGAGCACGACGAGAGCGCGUCCCCGAGCGCCGCGGCAGACGGCGAGCAGGCGCUGACCGUGAGCGGCCUCGUGGCCGCCCUCCGCGCCCAGCGGAGGGAGCUGGAGGCGGCGCGCGCGGAGCUGCACGGCGAGCGGCGCGCCAGGGCGGAGCUGGAGGAGCAGGGCGAGCUGGACCGGGAGGCGGCGCGGGUGGCCAUGCAGCUCGUCCACGAGACGGAGACGGAGAAGCACGAGCUGCAGCGGCAGCUCGACGCGUUCAGAGUCAGGGUCCAGCUCCACGGCCACGAGGCCGCCGCCGCCUCCUUGGACGCGGACUGCUCUGCUCCUCCGGCCAACCGGCUCGGGCGCCGGCUGAGCCGCGACGGUGAUGGUGAACUGGUGGGCCUGGAAGACGAGGCGGGCUGGAGCGAGAACAAGAACUACCAGUCGCUGGUGGACUUCCUGCCGGGCUCGGUCUACUCCUCGUCGCCGGACCUGGCCAACCUGCUGAGGCUCUACACGGAAGGCAAUGGCAAUGGCGCUCGUCGGCCGAAAGAGGGUGAUAUCACUGAGGAGGAGGAAGAGGAGGUCGUCGUCGUCGCCGUCACGGCCGCAGCUGUUUCCGGUUUCGACGGAGUGGACGGUGAGGAGGCCACUAGCACUGCUGCUGCUGCUGCUGCAGCUGCUUCCGUUUUCGACGAAAGUGGUAGCGACCACGUCGGAGCAGAUCUUGCACAAGACGAAGCAGCAGUAAUGCGUGCAUGA